UGACCUUGUUUUCUUUUGCCUUGUUCCUUCCCUUGAUUAGCACGAAGUACUGGAAUGUUUUCAACUCUAAUCAAUCUUUCUGCAUACACGUAAAUCCAACAUUGAGUAUAGAUUUCUCCUUCAGUGUGAUUAGAGGACCCAGAAGAAGAAGAAGAAGGUGGUGAUCCGAUGGAGAUCUUAUCGCCGAGAAUAUUUCCCGACAUGGUUGAAGAUGCAGCUUAUUUCCAUCACCAUCAUCAUCAGCAACAAUUGAAAUCUUCCUUGUCACUUGAUGAUGAGUUCGAUUUGUUCCAUCCACAUUUUCCUUCAGAGCCCUGCUCGAACUCGCUGCCAUCCUAUUUACUCCCUCUUAUUAGCCCCGAGACGAUGCCCUGUUUCACCGCACGAUCUGUUGAAACUCCUCAAGCGCUCACGGAGAGGCCCCGGAAACAGCUCAAGACCGAGAGCCGCACCUCUCUGUGCGCAACAGAGCACAAAACGACGACUUGCAACACAGCAAUGUUGCCGUCUCCUUCUACUGAUUCCCACUUGAUAUCUUUCGGGAACCCUGAUUCAUCUCCAGCCAUAUCCGAUCAGUUCUAUGGUACUUAUCAAAUCCAAGAUUGCGAGGGACCAAAGAUGAAAACUGCCGGCGCAACGAGCAGGAUGCCGGUACACGCACAAGAGCAUGUGCUAGCCGAGAGGAAGCGCCGCGAGAAGAUCAGCCAGCAUUUCAUCGCGCUCUCAGCCAUCAUUCCGAACCUUAAGAAGAUGGACAAGGCUUCCAUCCUCGAGGAUGCCAUCAAGUACUUGAAAGAGCUUCAACAACACGUCAAGGCACUCGAGGAGGAGGUGGCAACGAAGACCGUGGAGUCGAUCGUCGUGGUGAAGAAGUCCCAACUCGUCACGGAUGACGGCAUGUCUUCUUCGUCCGACGAGAACUCCUGCAAUCAAAUUGACAAGCAACUCUCGCUCCCGGAAAUCGAGGCACGAGUCUCCGGAAAGUGCGUCCUCAUCAAAAUCCAUAGUGAGAAGCGUAACGGUUUUAUAUCGAAAAUGAUCGGCGAAAUAGAGAAACUGAACCUAACAGUCCUGAACAGUUUUGUCCUGCCCUUUGGGAGUUCCAUACUGGAUGUUACCAUCUUAGCUCAGAUGGACGUGGGAUUCAACUUGAAAAUGGGGGAUCUCGUGAGGAAUCUGCGUCAAUCUCUUCUGGAUCUCAUGUGAUCUCAAGCAAAAUUCUCAUCUCAUCAGGAGCUGGCGAGCAACAACUUUCAAACCCUAAUAAUAACACCCGCUGAUUCCAUUUCCUUUUUGUUUUUUUGGUUCAGAGAGUUUGAGAUCUUCGAGGAGGAAGAAAGGUGCCCGUGAAUCACUCUCUCUGGUCAGACCACACCAAACUCUUUGCGAACGCCAAAGCAUUGGCUUUGGCUUUUUAGUCUGGAGUCACUAUUAUUUUGCUGGUGGGUUUUUUUCUCCUUAGUUUUUGCGUGAUUGACCCGUUGACCACGUUCAAAAAAACCCACCUGCUGUGUUAGGAAAGUCUCCAGGAAUUUUUUUUAUGAGGGGUUCCUCUCUAUCAAACUUGAUUUUGAAUGUGGUGUUUCUUCGAGAGGAAAAAACUGGCACUCAAGUUUUCUUUUUCAUAAGGUCGAAUCAGCUUUUGAGUCUGUCUCAAGAGAUGCGCUUUGUCGUUUAGUGCGCUUCUAGGAAUCGAAUCCUUGUGGUGUACAAUCCUACCUCUCCACUUGUGUUUAAUUUGUUGUACAUCGAUGGUUGAUUAAUGUGUUGUGAUGUACUCGUCUGUCAACAUUUGAAUGUGAAUCCAAGAUCAGCAUCACUUC